GACGAUGCGCUGAGUACACCGUCGCCAUUAUAUGACGAAGACGAUAGUGAACCGUUGACGGAAUUCCCGACGAAAUUCGCCGGAGAUGGUUGGGAGUUAAUGGUGAGGCAUCCGAUAAAGAAGAAGAUGAUGGGCGAUCGCUACUGGAAACCGUGCUUUAUAAAAUUGAUCGGUAGCACACUGCAACUGUGCAAUUCUCGAACAGAUCAAAAACCCUUUCAAGAGAUCGUGCUACAGGCGACCUAUUCAUUGUCUGAUACGACUUUACAAGCGUACGAUGUGUACGGUAAAAUUCAUACAGUCAAGCUACAGUACGUAUUGUACAAAGAACGUGUCGGCAUAAGGCCAGGUCAGAUCAGUCGAUUGGUCGAGGGCCAUAUCACAAAAUAUGGUUUGCCACUGGAACAUUCGGCUCAGUGUACAGUGUUGCUCAAGUUUGGUUCACUGAAUGCUGGUGAAUUGUCGUCGUUCGUUGCGACCGUUGAGGAUGUUCUCUUCAAGUGUAUCGCAAAACGAGANUCUUGCGAGCACUCCUCAACGUUGCUGAAACGUUGCAUGAGUAAAGUCAAAACAGCAGAUGGAUCGUGUCCGAUUGAUUCUAAAGGUUAUGAGUUNACGGCUCCUAUCUAUAAGCAAGACGAAGUUCAGGUUCACUGCUAUGAUGAAUACUACGCUUAUGUGGAUAAACAUAAUAUAUUGAGCGAUCAAAAGGCUCGUGUGCGUCUGUUUUGUUUGGCGUUCCUUUCUGGAUCACCGUUAAUCGAGGUUGGAUUGAAUGAUCGACGACGACAGGGAAAGGAAAUUGUUCGUCGUAAAGAUAUUCUCCCGAUGUAUACGGAACGAUGGAUUCGCUUCGAGAAUGUUGAGUUCCAUAACACGGUCGAUGCGGACACAUUCGAUAAAGAGCAAGUGAUACGAUUCUCACCACCAGACGGAUGUUUCUUUGAGGUGAUGCGUUUCCGAAUAAGGCCGCCGCGAAAUCGAGAGAAACCGUUAUCGGUAAACUGUGUCAUGAAAAUCGCCGGAUCUAAAAUUGAAAUCCGUCUUGAAGCAAUGGUGGCCGCUCAGACAGAGAAAACAAAAGGUGGUAGGGUAGCAAAACGUCAAAUCCCAUGUGAAGAUAUUCAGAUCAGAUUCCCAAUUCCGGAAGCAUGGAUAUAUUUGUUCCGUGAGGAACGUCAUUGGGGUGUUGGCUCGGUGCACGCAAAAGUCAGACGUCCAGGGAAAGUGAAGGUUGGAAAAAAUGGAUUUCUAUCAUUUGUUGUCACUGAAACUUUUUUAACGACACAUUUUCAUGUUAUUGAUAUACGCCGUGAUGAAGCUGCAGAUGUGCGAUUCCCUUGA